UUAGCCUAGUUUGCCUCCAUAUUAAUUAUAACAAAUAACUUUGUUCUUUUAGUCACUAAACACAAACGUUAUGUCGUCACUUUUAAGCUUCAUUCAUUAAUUUAUUUACUUAUUUUUGUUAACCCGAGCGUUUUGAAAUACACUUCCUGUGGCGGCGGUACGUUUUCUCAAAAUAGUCACGUUUUUCAAUCCUGCACAGAAAGUGUUACAUUAAAAUGGUGACGUUCACUCUAAAGCGGAACCUUUUUUGCGUAAGGGAAUGUUGUUCCUGUUACACUUGAGGACUACCGGAUAAGCAGAACUGAUCUUUGGGAAUUAAUUAUUUUAGAAGAAGUUAAAGAGUGUUGAAGAAUGGAUGAAAACACAGCAGCAGCAGCAGCAGCAGUGCCUGAGGAACACAUUGACUGGGGUUUCAGUGGAGCAGAGAAGGGGACUCCUCAGAAGACUGAUGUCUUAUUAAAAAAUGUUCACUCUGGUCUUCCUGAUCCAGUUUCACAUCCUGUAAAAAGCUCACAGAUAAAAGGAGAUUAUCUUUACUUCCACUACGGCUGUGAUGGACAAGAUGACAGAGGCUGGGGGUGUGGAUACCGGACCAUCCAAACCAUGGCCUCCUGGAUUUACUACAACUGCUCCUCGGUUAAGAACCAGAACAAACUGGCACCAAGUCUUCUGGAAGUCCAACAAGCCCUGGUUUCCAUGGGGGAUAAGCCAGGCUCUUUCUCCGGCUCCAGGGAGUGGAUAGGAACAUUUGAAGCCUCCCUGGUUCUGGACUGGUUCUACGACGUGCCCUGUAAGGUGGUGCAUGUUCGAGGUGGAGGGGCCGAGCUGGAGCAGGUGGCAGUGGAGGAGCUUCACCAACACUUUGAAAAGCAUGGGUCUCCUGUCAUGAUGGGGGGAGACAGGGACAACUCCUCUAAGGCUGUGUUGGGGGUUUGCACCGGGGACAGGGGGAGCUACUUACUGGUUGUUGAUCCUCACUACUUUGGAUGCAAACUGGAGAAAGCAGAGCUGCAGAGGAGAGGGUGGGUGGCGUGGAAACAGGUGUCAUCUCUGGAUCAGUCUUCAUUUUAUAAUCUGUGUUUGCCUCAGACUAAUAAAAGGAGAAUUUAAUAAA